AUGGCAAAUGUGACUAAAACUUUACAUAUGAAUACACCAGAACAAACAAUGUAUGAUAUUUAUAUUGAUAAUAAUAAUGAAAGGAAAUUAUCAAAUAAAAAACAAUUAAUUGAACAAUUACAAGUACAACUAGUUCAUAAUCAAAUACAACGAACACAACCAAGAGAUUAUGUACGUAUAUUAGGUCAAUCGACAACACCUGCACAAUGGUAUAAAGCUCCUCCAACUGCUCGUUCUGUUUAUUUUUAUGAUCCAAAUUAUCAAAAAUAUGCACAAAAAUCAUCAAUUUUACCACAAAAACCAAAAUCUAAUGUUCAUUUUAUUUCUCCUCAAACAAUUCGAAUUCAAGAACGCUCAAUGAAUCAUUCAAAUUUUAUUCAACAUAAUUCUUUUCCAUUGACACCUCGUACAAAAUAUAUGUUAGAAUUAUAUAAUACAGCUCUUAACUAUCAUCAACAUAAACAACAUUCAAAUCAAAAUUAUCAAUUAACAUUAUCAAAUAUACCUCCACCAAAUCUUUCAAUUGUAUCUGGAUCACAACUAAUACCAACAUUACCACCGAUCAAUACUUCGAAAGAACAACAUGAUGAAUUAUCAAAUCCAUCCAUAAAUAAUAAAGAAGAAGAAUACAAAUUAUUAAAUAAAAAUCAAAAACAAAUAUCAAAUCAUCAAUCAAUUAAUGUUGAAUCAAGAAAGAAAAAUUUCCCUAUUGUUAUGCCCCCCAUUUCAUAA